AUGAGUUCAAAUCCACGCAUCCGGGAAGCUUUUGCUCUCUUUGACAGAGAUGGGGACGGAGAACUCACAGCGAGCGAGGCGCUACUGGCUAUCCGCUCUACAGGCGUUAUUGUGCCUGCCGAGGAGGCCAGCAGCCUCCCGGCUACCAUGAACUGGGAGCAGUUUGAGAGUUGGGUCAACAAGAAACUUAGCAACAGCAACCCAGAAGCGGACUUGAUCAAGUCCUUCAAAGUAUUUGACACAAAAGGAGAUGGCACUCUCUCGACGGACGAACUCAUGCAAGUCAUAAAGACAUUAGGAGAUAUGCUGACUGACGAAGAGGUGGAGCGUAUGGUUCAUGACGCGGACCCAAGCAAAACAGGGAGGAUUAAAUAUGCCGAGUUUGUGAAGCUUCUGUUGAGCAGCUGA